AUGUCGGAGGAAUGCCGUUCAUUGCGCUCAAUGGAAACCGAUGGUUUCCAAGUGGUCACCGAAGUCGUCACCCAUAAAUUGAAUCAUAUUCCAAUUUUCAAGGGAGAUUUCGCUUCGUUGAGCCCAAAAGUUCAACGAUUCAUCGCUGAGAAGGCUGAAUUGAUGAACCCAGCUGGAAUCUACAUUUGUGAUGGUUCACAAAAAGAAUACGAUGAUAUUGUUGACAAAUUGGUUGAACGUGGUGUUCUUACCGAAUUGAAAGCUUACGAGAAAUGGUGAGUUACUUGAAGUUGAAAGAGGGAAAACAGAAAUCGAAUCAAUAUCAAAUGAGUCAGAGUACGGUUUUGAAAACAUUCAAAAUUUAUAUUUAGAGUUUAAAAAUGCUUUCGGCUAUUUGGUAAUUGAAGUUUCUAGGAACGGCUACUUGAAAAUUAGGAUAUCUAGGCUCGAUUACUUGGUUUAAAAUUUCUGAAGGCGCUACUCCUUGCUAGAGUGGAUCUCUAGAUGUGAGUUCUAGACUCACUAGGCGUGGAGAACUACGCUGAUCCUUGUCAAACGAAUUUUCUAGAUGCAAACAAUAAAACAAACCCCCGAUCAUUGAUCAAAUCGUUUUUCGUUUCACUAUAACUUUCAAUUUCCAAACAACCUCCCGGGUACAUUUUAGCACGUACAUAAAUCUAAAAUCAUAUCAUUUCUCUCUUUUUUCUCUUUCAAUAUUUUGUGACAAACAACUGCAAAAAGGGUUUUGAAAAUAAAGAGAGAUGAACAACAACCGGCAUUUGAAACCUUGUCAAGGGCGAACUUUAAAAUUCUAGUUUGCACGUACGAUUGAUCAAAAAAGAAUUAAAAUAAUCUGACAGCGAGGGGUUUAAUUUUUGAAAAAACUGGUAUUUUUUCAGUUAUUUGUGUCGUACUGAUCCACGCGAUGUUGCUCGAGUUGAAUCGAAAACAUGGAUGGUGACCAAAGACAAAUACGAUUCAGUGUGUCAUACUCCAGAAGGAGUUCGUCCAAUUAUGGGACAAUGGAUGAGCGAAGAAACAUUCGGAAAAGAACUCGAUGCUCGUUUCCCAGGUUGUAUGGCUGGAAGACCAAUGUACGUUGUGCCAUAUUCAAUGGGACCAAUCGGAGGACCAUUGUCAAAGAUUGGAAUUGAAUUGACUGAUUCGUCAUAUGUUGUUUUGUGUAUGAGAACAAUGACUAGAAUGGGACAAAAGGUUUUGGAUGCACUUGGUAAUGAUGAUUUCGUCAGAUGUAUUCAUUCCGUCGGAUUGCCACGUCCAGUUAGACGUAAGUUGUGAAUUUUAUUCUUAUCAAACUUCGGGCUGGAUCGUGGGGACUUUUAAUAUGUCUGACUUGAGUAUCGUUUUCCCAAUACGUUUUGAUCACUCAAAAACAUGAGAAACAAUCACAUAUUUUUCUCAGAGAUCACCUAUUACACAAAAAAUUGAUCAUUUGAUCUUAUUUAUUCUAUUCCAAACAACAAAAGAUAAAACAAUCAAAUAAAAAUCCAAUUUUUGCAGAAAAGGUUAUCAAUCAUUGGCCAUGCAACCCAGAAAAGGUUAUGAUUGCUCAUCGUCCAAAAGAACGUGAAAUCUGGUCAUUCGGAUCUGGUUAUGGAGGAAACUCGAUUCUUGGUGAGUUUACUUUUUUGAGAAGAAAUGGGAGCUUUCUUGCUUUCCAAAGAUACACAAACUUUCAAAAAUUGUCUCACAACUAAAGUGUAUCAAAGAUUAUUUUUUUAGGCAAGAAAUGUUUUGCUCUUCGAAUUGCUUGCAACAUUGGACGAGAUGAGGGUUGGCUCGCUGAGCACAUGCUUGUAAGUUGUGAGAAAAAAAGAGAAGGGAAAAAAGAAAAAGAAAAUAGGAUUUGUGCAACAAAAUGUUUGUUGAGGACAGCAGAAGAAAACAAAAUUGCCUGGGGAAAAAGGGGAUUUGAAAAUACAACAUAACCAUGAAAGAAUACAAAUUUUUGUAGAUUAUGGGAAUCACAAAUCCAGAAGGAGAAGAGAAAUUCAUCGCCGCUGCUUUCCCAUCAGCUUGCGGAAAAACAAAUCUCGCCAUGCUUACCCCAACUGUUCCCGGAUGGAAAGUUCGCGUCGUUGGAGAUGAUAUCGCUUGGAUGAAAUUCGGAGAUGAUGGAAGACUUUAUGCAAUCAAUCCAGAAGCCGGAUUCUUCGGUGUCGCUCCAGGAACAUCGCACAAGACAAAUGCGAUGGCUAUGGAAUCGUUCACCAAAAACUCGAUCUUUACAAAUGUCGCCGAAACUGCGGAUGGAGAAUAUUUCUGGGAAGGAUUGGAGAAGGAAUUGAAAGAGAGAAAAGGAUAUACUGAUGAACAAUUGAAACAAUUAGAGAUUACUAAUUGGUUGGGAGAAAGAUGGCAUAUUGGAGAUGAAGGAAAAGCUGCUCAUCCAAAUUCAAGAUUCACUGCUCCAGCUAGUCAAUGUCCAAUUAUUCAUCCAGAUUGGGAGGUAAGUAUUAGGCUCGAGACUAUUCUUCCAGCACCGGAAAACUAUGUAAUUUUCAGGCACCACAAGGUGUUCCAAUUGAUGCGAUUAUCUUCGGAGGUCGUCGUCCAGAAGGAGUUCCACUUGUUUUCGAAUCAUUCUCAUGGGAACAUGGUAUUCUUGUUGGAGCCUUAGUUAAAUCUGAAGCAACAGCUGCCGCUGAAUUCACUGGAAAGAAUGUUAUGCAUGAUCCAAUGGCAAUGAGACCAUUUAUGGGAUACAAUUAUGGAAAAUAUCUUGAGCAUUGGAUUAAGCUUGGAAAAGCUCCACACAAGGCACCAAAGAUUUUCCAUGUCAAUUGGUUCCGUGAGACUAAGGAUCACAAAUUCCUUUGGCCUGGUUUCGGAGACAAUAUUAGAGUUCUUGAUUGGGUUUUGAGAAGAGUUUCGGGAGGAGAAGCUGCUGAUGAGAUUGCUGUUGAAACUGCAAUUGGAUAUGUUCCAAAACGUGGAUCAAUUAAUUUGGAUGGACUUCCAAGAAUUGAUUGGAAUGAAUUGAUGAGUAUUCCAAAAACAUAUUGGGAAGAAGAUGUUGAUGAGAGUAAACACUUUUUGGACUCUCAAGUUGGACCUGAUUUGCCUGAACCAAUUCGUGCUGAAUUGGAGAAAUUGGAAAAACGUAUUCAUGCCCUUUAA